GCGGAAACACGUCACACUGCUAAAGAUGCUUCAACUGCCGUUUCCCUGUGACUUUAACAUUAAGUUGUAAUGUACUCUGUGGCAAACUUUGGCCACACCUAGAUCCUGUCCCAUUUCCACACACACACACAAAAAAAUAACACAAAAAAAACAGGCUUUUUCUUUUUUUUUUUUUUUUUUUCUUCUUUCUGGUGCGUUUGUUUGUGUGACGGCGAGUCCCGGCGGUGUAACCGGAGAGGGGCCUCAGAAGAGGGAAUGCAGGACUGCAAUGGAGCACAAUGCAAUACAGUGGUUGGGUGCCCCCUCCUGCCAGCGAGGCAGCUACGCCUUCUAUAAGUCGGUGGGCAGCAGAGCUCAACCCGACGGGCCCGCCCAGGUGUGGAAGCUCGGGGAGUUUUACUUCAUCCGCUGUGGACCGCAGGAUCCCGUGUGCAUCGCAGAGGUGACCUUACUGUGGGAGGACCAGACGCGACGCCACCUGCUGGCCAGCGCCAGACUCUACUUCCUGCCUGAGGACACGCCGAAGGGGCGGACCAGGGAACACGGAGAGGAUGAGGUUCUGGCGGUGUCCAGGAAGAUGGUGGUGCGGGUGGAGGACCUGGUGCAAUGGGCGUGUGCCGAAUCGGCAGGUUGGACCAGCAGCCUGAAGCUGCUGCCCUGCGGGACCAACGGUCUCCACAAGCCUCUACAGAGCAGCGACGGGAACAACAACAACAGCAGCAACAACAACAGCAGCAGCAGCAACAGCAGCAGCAACAACAGCAGCAGCAGCAACAGCAGCAGCAGCAGCAACAACAGCAGCAGCGAGCCGCUCAAAGACAAAACUAAGAAUGACCUGGUGGAGCAUCAGGGCAUCAAAGUGCUCAGCUACCCGCAGUACUGCCGCUUCCGCUCUCUGCAGAGACGCAUCCAGGACGGAGCGAGGGGGCCGGUGCUGCAGGACCUCCACCUGCUGGCCCUGGGAGGCGUCAAGGCGCUGCCCAACACGCGGCUGAUGUACUGCAGGGACACCUUCAACCACCCGACGCUGGAGAGCACCAGCUUCUCCUGGCAGUUCAGAUGUCCGUCUGUCAGUCUUCGAGGGCGACCUCGCAAGAGGAGAGGCCAAGACGACAAAGACUCCCCGAACUCCAGCCAAUCAGAGUCCUGGAUUGAGAGGAUGAAGGAGAACGUGAUGGGCAGCGUGGAGGUCGGCUGUGAGGGCAGCUGGCUCCCCGACCCUGAGGAGCAGCUGUUCCUUGAUCAGCUCUUCGCCUACAUGGAACGCCUCGGCUCGCCCAUCCACAAAGUCCCCAACCUUGGCUUCAAGAAGAUUGACCUCUUCCUCAUGUACUCUGUGGUCAAGCGGCUCGGAGGCCACAAAAGGGUGACAUUGGACCGUCUCUGGAAAAUAGUCUAUAACGAGCUGGGAGGAUGCGCCGGCAGCACCAGUGCUGCUACCUGCACCAGGAGACACUACGAGAGGCUGAUGCUUCCUUAUGAAGAGCACCUCGGAGCAGCAGCAGCAGGAGGAGAAGCAGCAGAAUUCAAAAUCCCAGAAUCCCCCAUGCCUCUGAAACCCAGAGGGAUAAGAGGAAGGAAACCACUUCAGAGAGGCAGAAAACCAGGACCCAAAUCCAAGGACAAGAAGAUGACAACCCCUGCUGCUUCUCAUGCUAUCGUGAACCCAAGCGGCACCUUGGUGGUGAAGAGAGGCAGAGGCCGGCCACCGGGCACGCGCAACAAGGCCACGCUGAUCGCUCAGGCCAAGCUGGUGGCUCAGCAGCAGGCCAAAGCCAAAGCAGCAGCCGAGUCUCAGCAGCAGAGUCCUCUGCUUCCAGUCCGAGGGGACGGUGGACCGGCCCCCAGCAGCACGCACAGGCCCGUCUAUCCGGCUAUCCUCCCUGUCAACAUGCCCCUCACCCCCGACCUCUCCCCCAUGUCAGCCCCCUUCCUCCCCUUCCUGCCCAAACCAAAGGAGCCGAUGCCGGACCGAGGGGAGUCCGUGGCUCCUGCUCCAGGUGUGCUCCUCUCCACUCUGCCUCGCCACUUUGUUGGAGGAUCUCUGGGCGGCUUCAGUCCCAUCAAAGGCGUCUGUCCUCUGGAUGUCUUCAGGAACCGCAUCAGCCUCCAGAGAGUCCCGGAGAGCCCGGCCCUGACUCCUCAGAACCCGACCCAGCACCACCCGACCAUCUACACACUCCAGCCCAAAAGUGGAAGCCUGAAUACGCCUCAUCCCAGCGGGGACCAGCUCCAGCCUCAGCCCCACCCGCUGCACCAGCAGCAGCAGCAGCACAACCACUGCUCGGGGUGUAACGUGGACGAGGCAGCCCAGAGAGGAGGCAGCCGGGACGCCAGGAACCGGCCUCCUCUGCCCCCUCUCCGGGUCCUGCCUUUGAACCUGGACUGCAGCGUUCAGGUGUGCCAGCUGAUGAGGACUCGUCUGGGCUCAUCUCAAUUCCAGACCUUCACCCGCCGACUGUCGGAGGCUCUGUCCCAGGACCUGAGCACCAAGCCCCCCUGCUCUCCCAUCACCCCUCCCCCCGAGCAGGCGCUGCCUCUCAACCUCAGCAAACGCUUAACGGCUAAGAGACCCAGCACGGAGGGACCGGAGCCGAGUCUGGCAACGAUCAACGGGAUCACGGAUCAACCGUCAUCCAAGAGAUCCAGACUUGGCUGCACGGAGCAAGCCGAGGGCUUCAGCCUGGGAGGCCGGUCCAGCUCUGGAGGAAGUGACGGAGGAGGAGAACAGGAUGUUGAGAUGGAGAACCAGGAGGAACCCGCGGACCUGAGCUCCCCUAGCAGGAUCAGGGCCUUCCUGCUCGGGCUGCCACCCUUCCAGGUGAAAUUUGAGGACGAUCUGAACGGGACGAGGUUUGGGAAAUUUCUUCCACCGGUAUCCAUGGCCGACACCCCAAGGACCGAGACAGAGACAGGAGAGGGAGGAGUGGAAGUAAAGGAGGAGGUGGUGGUUGAAAUAGAGCGACGUGAAGCUGAGAGAAACAACAAACUACAGAAGUCAGAGCAGGAGGAGAAGGAUCCCCCCCACCUCUCUGGUCCAGCAGAGCUGAAGAGAGCCGGGCCCUCAAACACUGACACGCACUGUUUUUAGCAUUAUUCCCUCUGUUGAUAUUAGCAUUUUGUCUGAUAAAUUAGGGAUUUGUUUCCACCGUGGGGCUUGGUGUUGGUUUUGGAUGCCGGAUGUUUCAGCGGUUGAUCCGGCUCAGGUUAACGCCUGAACAUCUGGAGCAGGGACGUUUUCUUUGCUUCAUUUGAGAAAAAUUGAACUCACAACUUCUUUCUUUCCCAUUUUUGUCUCCUUGUUGUUUUUUUCCGUCUUUUUAGAUCACGUCGUUGAUUGAACUUUGCAGAGGAAUGACGACACUGAGACUCAUGACAAUCACAAAUCAGUUUCUCUUUCUUUCUCUGUUCGCUUCU